AUGUUCUUGUUGUUCUACGAAGAGAAACCGAAAAUGAGGCAAAUGUUUUUGACACUGUCAAAAUUCUCAGGUACUCCAGAGUUUCUGGACAAGGUCAGCGACACUGCAGAAAGGCGAAUAAAUGACAGUGAAAAAAAUGUUGGUGACACAGGUUGUGACAAGUGUUCUUACAGUCAGGUGACAAAUUUCUGGGAUGAGAAUGCAACAGACUGUGCAAGGAUUUACAAGGAGAUUGCCUCUUCUCCUUUUGAAAGGCAGACUGAAGAGGAUGUUAUUAAUAAUAUCACCAAGCUUCGCCAUUGCCAAUGGCACAAGCAGGAGCUAGCAGCUGAAGAAUUCAGGUGUGUACAGACGGUGCUGAAGACUGCUAUCUAUAUUCAAGCAUGUGCAGGCUAUGGUAUUGGGAACACUGCUCUAGUUGAUCACUGUCCGCCUUUCAGAUCAGAAUUGAAGCAAUGCUGUAACUCUGCUGACAACUUCGUCGUCACUCAAAAGAACACCCCUGUGGGGACUGAACUAACUUAUGAGGGAGAACCAAAAAGGAAGAUAAAAAUUACUGAACAGAUUUUCAGGUUGUUUCCCAAGAAUAUGUCCUUUCGCAGCCUGCAGUACAAACAAUGUGCAGUCGUAGGCAACGGUGGGAACUUGGUCAACAGCAGUUGCGGGGCUGAAAUUGAUCGGGUGGAUUUUGUUUUCCGGUGCAACCUCCCUCCAGUAGGUGGGAAGUUCACCCAAGACGUUGGAUUAAAAACUAAUUUGGUGACGGCAAAUCCAAGCAUCAUUGCAAAGAGCUAUGCAGAACUCCACAAUAGGAGGAAACCUUUUUACACUGACACAAUUGUCUACAAUAAAGCCCUUCUCCUCUUACCUGCCUUUUCCUACCCCCCGAAUACGGCGCUCAGUUUCAGAGCUCUUUAUACUCUUGAAGACUUCCAGGCAAAGCAGAAAGUUGUGUUUUUUAACCCCAUCUACAUCCAACACUUGACCAAGUUUUGGCUUUCCAAAGGCAUUCAAGUGAAACGUCUCUCCACUGGCUUAAUGAUUGUAAGUCUUGCACUGGAACUGUGUGAAGAAGUGUGCGUUUAUGGGUUCUGGCCCUUUGCUAAAAGUAUUGAAGGCAAAGUCAUGCUACAUCACUACUAUGACAAUCAGUUGCCCAAACCAAAUGUCCACUCUAUGCCAACAGAGUUCCAACAUCUUCUACAAAUGCACAGUAAAGGAAUUAUCAAACUUCAACUGGCUCAGUGCUAG